AUGGUCACACACACACUUGAAAUUUGCCAGAGAGGAAAGCUAAACACCCUGCCCUUCUCUAAGCUAACCACACUCCUCUUUACAGAUUAUCCCCAUUCCAUAGAAAGCACAAGAGAAGGAUCAGAAGUUGCUUCCCACCUCAAGCUAUGCCUCCUUAAACCACCCUUGCAACCCAUGGAGGGUGUCAGACAGGUGUCCUGUCCUAUAUGGGCAAUGCUCAGGCUAGCAAUGACUGAGGCACACAGCUGCCAGAUGGAGAGAAGGUGGCCUAACUGGUCCAAAUAUUGCUGUUUCCAAAGGACAGGAGAAAUUUGGGCUCCUUUUUAA